CCUCCCAGCUCCCACUACAAACUUUGUUUUUCUGCACCUCUCUCUCUUUCUCUCCGACCUCUUUUCUCUUCUCUGUUUGUUUUUUUCCUUCGCCAUUUCUAGAGAGGAAAGGGGGCGAAGAAGGUGAUGGCGGCAUCUCCGAGGUGGCUUCCGCUGCUAGUUCUUGGGUUUCUGGUGGCUUUAUCUGGAAGCUUGGGGUCGAUUGGGGCCGAAAGCGUCUCCGAUUCAAGCAAUGGAGGGGGAAUCGGCAGGAGGAGAUUGAGAGAAGGCCGGCCGCCGGCGAAUGAGAGGGCCUCUUCUUCCAUGCCUGAGAGGGCUGCGCCCAAGGCAGUGGAGGGGGCCGUUGAUGACCCGGAAAUGGUUGCUUCAAUGGUCCAGAUGUCCAUAAGGAACAGCACGGCUCGCCGGGCCCUGGGAUAUCUUUCCUGUGGAACAGGCAAUCCCAUCGACGACUGCUGGCGCUGCGAUCCCGACUGGCACCACAACCGCAAGAGGCUGGCCGACUGCGGCAUCGGCUUCGGCCGCAACGCCAUCGGCGGGCGCGACGGGCGUUUCUACGUGGUGACCGACCCCGGGGACGACGACCCCGUGAACCCGCGCCCGGGGACGCUGCGGCAUGCCGUCGUCCAGGAUGAGCCCCUCUGGAUCGUGUUCCAGCGUGACAUGGUCAUCACCCUCAAGGAGGAGCUCAUCAUGAACAGCUUCAAGACCAUCGACGGCCGCGGCGCCAACGUGCACAUCGCCAACGGCGCCUGCAUCACCAUCCAGUUCAUCACCAACGUCAUCAUCCACGGCCUCCACAUCCAUGAUUGCAAGCCCACCGGGAACGCCAUGGUCCGUAGCUCUCCUUCCCACUAUGGCUGGAGGACGAUGGCUGAUGGGGAUGCCGUCUCCAUUUUUGGCUCCAGCCACGUGUGGGUGGACCACUGCUCUCUCUCUAACUGCGCCGACGGCCUUGUUGAUGCCAUCAUGGGCUCCACUGCCAUAACCAUCUCCAACAAUCACCUCACCCACCACAAUGAGGUGAUGCUUUUGGGUCACAGUGAUUCCUAUGAGAGAGACAAGGACAUGCAAGUCACCAUCGCAUUCAACCACUUUGGUGAAGGCCUGAUUCAGAGAAUGCCAAGAUGCAGGCAUGGUUACUUCCAUGUGGUAAAUAAUGACUAUACCCAUUGGGAGAUGUAUGCCAUUGGUGGGAGUGCAAGCCCGACCAUCAACAGCCAGGGCAACCGAUACCUUGCCCCCGCCAAUCCCUUUGCCAAGGAGGUCACCAAAAGAUUGGACGCUUCUUCGAGCGCAUGGAAGAAUUGGAAUUGGAGAUCAGAGGGUGACCUUCUGCUCAAUGGUGCCUAUUUCACCCCCUCUGGAGCAGGGGCUUCAGCGAGCUAUUCAAGGGCUUCCAGCCUUGGGGCCAAGCCUUCUUCUAUGGUUGGCACUAUAACCUCAGGAGCAGGGGCUCUUUCAUGCCGCAAGGCUGCUCAGUGCUAAUGCUACACCCACCUCCAGUUUGCAAGAACACAAAAAUGAAGCACUCUACUUUCACAUUGUUGCUAAAUUUUUUUUUUUACUUUUACAGUCAACCACGCGAUUCCUCUUCCCAACCUCCGCCUGCUGGAAUGUGAAGCGGGUGCAGCAGCGUUGUCCAUUUAUCAUUCCUGGAUCCUUGCUUAUGUCUCUCUUAUAUAUUCUCCAUAACUUCAUCUAUCUCCUCGCAUUAUCCAAGGAUUGAUUAGCUUAUGGAAUUUCACUUUUUGUUAUAUGAAAUUUACAUGACAUUGGUUUUAAUAUGGCGUGCAAGUCUGUUGCAGCAGAUGCAUUUUUAUU